AUGUUAAGAAAGGUUCUUACCACAAGCAUGUUUACAGUUUCAAUUGGGAAUCAGAUAGGUGAAUCUUUUGAUUUGAAUUGGAAUCAGUUAUUUACAUCAGUAGGGGAGCUUUCCGUCUUAAAGGGAAGCAUCUGUGCGAGUGGUUAUGAGCAAAGAGGAAGCAAGAAUGUCAGCUUGAGUAACGCAAACAGUAGAGAGAAUCUCAUGUUCCGAAAACCUAAGGGUCGGUUCCUCCAUAAGGUUCGUCCACGAAUGUUUAUUGCAUCGUCUGCUGGGGUGGUAUCAACACCUCCAGUGGCUCGAUGGAAACCUCUUGGAAGCGGUGGCAUCUCGUUCUCGUCAUUUUUUUCCAGAUCAUCUUCAACAUCUUCAAGAGCCGCUGCGUUUACUCUUGUUUUUCCCGUUGUUUCUGCUCGCCGGAGCAGUCGCUUUAGGGGUUUGCGAAUAUUUGCAACUCUUUCAGAAUCAGAUGAUGGGUCGUCUUCUUCUUCUUCUUCAUCUAGUGUAUUUCAAACAUUGAUUUAUGCUUUUAUUUCUGAUGUGUUUGUGUUUUCACCCAGUCCAUUUAUUUUUUCAGGAAUGUCAAUGCAGUUGAUUGGUUUGCAGAAUCAAACAUCUGAUUUUUCUAAAGCUGGGCUUUCCCAAAUUGAUGCAAAUUGCACUACUUUGGGAGUACAAAAGAGUAGGGAGCAUGCAGUAAAAAUAAAUGUUGCUGAAGAAACUAGUUUGGAAGGUUGCAGCGAGGAUGUUGCUAUCAGUGAUGAUUGUGAAGUUUUAUCUGCUGGAAUACCUGUCCAGGUUGAGGGCCAAAAUUCUGAAGAGCAUGCUAGUGUAGAGGGUGAGGCUGUACUGGUGACAAUUGAAGGUGAAGCACAAACAACUUAUAUGGACUCAUCAAAAGAUGGACAGUUGGAGGAAAUAAAUACCAUGGAAAUAGACAGAGUUGAUGAUGGAAUUUCUGAUGUAGUGGGUCAUGCUGCCACUCCAGGGGCUAAGCUAGCAGUGCCCUCUGGUCCUCCCUCUGGAGAUAAUAUUAAUAUGUUAGCUUGUUCUCUCAAGUUGUCAACUGUGGAUAACGGUUGUGGAGCUGAAGUUAUUCUGCAGAAUGAUGAGGAACAUUCACCAAAAAACCGGAAAUUGGGCCUCCAACCUGAUGAAAAGGGUGCUUUAAUCAUGGGUGGCAAUGCCGUCAAUGAUGUUCAUGCCCUUCAUAUUGUGGAAGUGAAUGGCAAAAGUUCAAUUUCACCUAAGGCUGUACCUGCUGCAAAGGAUGAGUCUGCACUCGUGGAAACUGAAGGUGGCAUGUUAUCAGAGUUUCCUCAAGACUGCCAGAUUGGUGGGGUGGAGAAUACUUCCUCCGCAAUGGCUGCUACUGAAUUGGACAAUAGUUCAGUUGAUUCCAGGGCUUAUGUACAAAGCAUUGGAGGGAAUAAUGGGCUUUUAGAUGAGAAUGAAAUGAGUUCUGAACAAGCAAGGGAUGAAGAUGGUGUCACUAUCAGCAUUGAAGGUGCUGUAUUAGAACCUAAUGUGGACAUGGAAAAUGUUUCCUUUCACGGAGGAGAAGAUUCUGGUUGUGUGGGUGCCAACCAAAAGAACACUACAGAUGCUGAAAUCUGCAUGUUACAUAGUUUUGCUGCUAGAGCUUCUGAUGUUUUUGAGGAUGUAAUAGAUGAGAAUGAUACAGAGUUUCUUAAUGUAGAUGAUGAUGAAGUGGCUGAAGAAGAGGACAACAAUAUGCCAAGUGCUGAAGAGUUUCUUGAGAACAGUGGAUGGUCUUCCCGUACAAGGGCUGUUGCAAGGUAUCUCCAAACCUUGUUUGAUGACGCUGGCCAUGAAAGAGAAGUUGUUCGUAUGGACCACCUCCUGGCUGGUAAAACACGGAAGGAAUCAGCCAGGAUGUUUUUUGAGACUUUGGUUCUUAAAACAAGGGACUACAUCCAUGUUGAACAAGAGAGUUCAUUUGUCAACAUCAAUAUCAAGCCUAGAGGAAAGCUAAUGAAAGCAAACUUUUGAUCGCCUUCAUAUACAAGGCCUAGACAAGUAGCGAGCACAUACCCUGUCUUCUACAAUGCUGAUGCUCGACUAUGUGGAUCUUGUGUCUCAAUUGUUGUAAUUUUUUGGGUCUCUUUAUGUAAUUGAUGAAACUAACAUAGGUUUGGGGGGUUGGGUUUCUGUGUCACUAAUUGUACUCGUAUGUAAAUAUGUUGUAAAAUUAGUUCUCUACUGAGCUAGCCUCUCUUGUAGACAUUGUAGAACUCCUGGAAUCUGGCAUGGUGGUUUAGUCAUAUUCUUGUGGUAUAUGCAUGCAUAUAUGUUUUCACAUGAACAUGCCUAGAUGUUAUGGAGAAGAUGGUACCUGUAAAUGGAAUUUUCGUAGUCACAUUUCAUGAGUA